CAGCGUGCGGAGAAUACGGAGAGACACCCGUGCCGUUGUUCGCCACCGGCAGUCGGUCAACGGCAGCAAGUCGGUGGCGUACUUGAACCGAGCGGGGGACUCACGGGUGGCUUUGGUGGAGCUCGGAUGUGGUUUCCGCUUGGGACGAUGUCGCCUUGAUCAAGUCCGCUGAAGUGAGCAGGAGAAGCGGCUCUGGGAAAUGAAUGUGACCGGGGAGCAGCACCCUCAACGUCUCGAGCAACCCGCCAGCCUUUUGCUGCCCACGGCGUUGAAAUCUGGAAUCGCUUUGCUAUACAAUGAGGGGACCAACAAUUCCUAUGACGUCUGCCUGAAACUAACCAAAGAGGUAUUAACCAUACAGAAGCUGGACGUGGUUUGCACAAGAGGAAGUGAAUCCCAAGUAAAUUACAGAAAUGUAGUACUCCGAAGACAAGAAACUGGCGGUCUGGGCUUGAGCAUCAAAGGGGGUGCCGAGAAUAAUGUGCCAGUUGUUAUUUCCAAGAUUUUUAAAGAUCAAGUUGCUGAUCAGACAGGGACGCUGUUCGUUGGUGAUGCUGUGUUGCAGGUUAAUGGCAUAAAUGUGGAGCAUUGUACUCAUGAGCAAGUUGUUCACCUCCUGCGCACCGCCGGAGAUGAAGUCAUCCUUACUGUGCGAUAUCUACGAGAAGUUCCAUCUUUUCUUAAACUGCCUCUAGGUUUUUCUGGGACAUCUGUUGAUCACAGUAGUGAAUCCUCCUCCCUCUUCGACUGCGGCUCACAUUUAAAUGGUGGCACAGAUCGGGACGAGAAAUUUGAUGGCAUUGCGCUCAAAUUACUGGCUUCAUCACCUCCUUCACCCUCAGCUAAUGAACCAAAGUAUGAGAAGCGCUGGCUGGACGCCAUCUCCCUGCCCUUGUUGAUGGCCAGAGUCUCCAGAUACAAAGCUGGCAUGGAUAAAAUGAGGUCAAGCUGUUUUGAAGUCUUUGCCUUGAAUGGAGCCAGCCCCAAUAUUCUUCAAUUUUGCAGUGCAGCAGAAACCACAGACUGGCUCCAAGCAAUAUCGACAAGCAUCAGUGACUUGACCCUGGAGAAUAUUAAGCUGGCUAACAAAUACAGCUCUUCAGAUGAUCAGAUUGUUCACAUGGGCUGGGCUUGUAAAAGAUCAGAAGACGGGGCUGCUUCUCGAAAAACAACUUUCAAGUUCCUGGCCCUGAGAGGACAAUAUUUUCACAUCUUCAGACGUCCACCGCUCAGUGCCGCUGAAUGGGGUCAAGCAGAAACAACAUAUAACCUCUAUGAGGUGCUUUUCAAGGUUCACAAGCUGUGGGUGACAGAGGACUGCUGGCUUCAGGCAAAGUUCUACUUGGGUCUGGAGCAUUCAAUUAGGCAGCACGACAAUGAGUCUCUGUGCUUCAGCAUUCUCAUUGGCCAUGGACAGAGUCACACCUUCAGAGUAGAACUGGCCUCUGACCUGGCUGUCUGGGAGAAGUCCUUCCAAAGAGCUGUUUUCUUCGAAGUGCAGCGAAUACGAACAAAAAGCUACAUGUGCAGCAACCAUGGGAAUACGCUGUGCUUCACCAUAGAUUUUGAUUCCGGCUUUACAUGUUUGGAUGGAUCCUCCAAUAUGCUACUAUGGCGAUAUAAAUUCUCUCAACUUAAAGGCUCUUCUGAUGAUGGAAAAACCAGGGUCAAACUUCUUUUCAAGAAUGCUGAAAGCAAGCAAAUAGACAUGAAGGAACUAGAGUUUGCUAAUCUAACUGCGGUCCUGCACUGUAUACACUCUUUUAUUGCUGCCAAAGUGGCCUCCGUGGACCCUCUCUUUACAUGCAAUCAAUGCAUGGGUGGAAAUUACAUGAACAUAUAAAAGGACAUGGCUGAAUCAUGGUACUUUGUAGACAAUGUCAGUGCAUAUACUGUAAGUACAUCACUCCUAAUUGCUAUUUUAUUUCUACACACUGGGAAAAGAAGAUGCAGGUUUCAAAACAUUUUAUUUUGUUCACCAUUGUGUGCGUCUGUCCCUUUAUUUAUUUGUGUAUGUUAUGGACACAAAUCUGACUGGAGCCACAACCAUAAUGCCAUAUAAUGAGUAAUUGAAAAAAAAAAAGAAAACUCGCCGAUGAGAAAAUGUUCUUUAUUGGCUGUGUUUAAGUUUGGAUGUUGCUUUGUUUUUGUAUCAAAUAAAGCCAUUGGAUUUGAGUAUGUUCACACUUACUGGAAUGUGAAAUUUCACAUGCAACCUGAUCUAAUGACCCACUUUUGACAAUCGUAUUCCAACCCAAUGAAAACGUGUCUUGCCCAAGGACACUUCGACAUGCGGACAGUCGUAGCAGGGAUUCAAACCUGUUCUACCUACUGAGCCAAAGCCACCCUAAAGUAACCUCAUUGUUAUCGCAAGACAAGUCCAGAUCUGUGUGACAGAUCACCAAGGACUCCACUAAAAGAGGUUUGAUGAAGAUCUGAUAUUGUAUUUCAAAAUAAAAUAUUUUUAAUGAGAUAUCGCAACACCGGUCCAGUUCUGGGGGACACUACACCACCCCAGGUCUCUAAACAAAAGAGGUCCCAUCCAAAUCUGACGCAUUUCAAAAUCAAAGUCCCCUGAAAUUGAAAUUGGUAUUACCACUGUCAUUACCACGGAUUUCAAAAAUUCAUUAAAAACAAAUCUGAGUUAUUGCAACACCAGUCCAGUUCUGGGGGACACUACACCUCCCCAGGUCUCCAAUAAAAGAGGUUUGAUCAAUAUUUAAAAAAAAAAAAAAAAUAGAAAAGCGUCUUU